AUGGCAAAGAAAGGAAAAUCUAGAAAUAAUUUUGAUGGUGUUCUUACUUUGGGAAAGCACACUGUCAGUGGACGUGUUGGCAAGAAGAAUGACAAAAAGAUCGAGUCUGGAGCAAACGAAAGUAAAGCUACCUUCAGCAAGCGUGUCGCAAAAGAAUUAAAAAAUAAUGAGCUCUUUCAAAGACUAAACAGCCCUGGAAAACAAUCAGGUGGUGCUAGCCCUCAAGAAAACGAAAGGAAACUUUUGAACCGCGUCCAGGCACCUUUAGUAGCCUCUCCUACUAUUGCCAAUGGCUCGAUUUCUAUUCGGGGUACAGCAGGCCCUACCACUAUUACAAUUGAAAACCUGGCUCCAGGAACCUCUUCGGAAGAUGUGUCUGCAACUCUUCAAAAAUUUGGUGAAAUUACUCAAUGCCAGGUCUUUGAUACUCAGGGCAAGGUCAAGGCUAGCGUUCGAUUUACUACGUUCGCGAAUGCUCUGAAGGUGACACAACAACUCGAUGGUGUUACAGCAGAUGGUAUGAAGACUCAAAUUGCUUUUCUACCAACCAUAUUUGUACAGUUACUAAUGCUAAUUGUUUAG